AGGCUUCUUUUGGAGCAGUUUCCACAGACCUGGAAAAGCUGGAAAAUGUUUAAUUAACAUUUUAUAUGAAAACAUAAGGUUUGAGGAGAGGGAAAAUUGUGUUUGGAUUUUCACAGAAGAAAUGGAAAAAUACCCAUUUAAAAGUGUUAUCCAGAAAUAAAUUUGGGAUAAAUUUGGAAGGAUAUUCCCAUUAGUUGCUUAUUAGUAUCCUUAAUUUCCACAAAAGAUGGUUCCACAUGUUUUUUUCCCUUGGAUGGCAUCUUAAUCCCAGCCAAAAUCACCCACAGCAGGACGUUUUGAUAACCAUCCCAGGAGCAGUUUGCCUUUCUUAUCGGAGCCUCCGGCCAAACACCGGAGCCGGGAUAUAAGGAGCGGGGCCGGGAUCGGAGGCACAUUUUCCGUGAGCUCCCACCAUGAAGCUGCUCCUGCUCCUUGCCCUGGUGGGCCUGGCCCAGGGCUUCCAGACCAGGGUGCCACUGAGGAGGAUGAAGUCGCUGCGGCAGAGACUGCAGGAGCAGGGAUUGCUGGAGAGUUACCUGGAGCAGCAUCCCUACAACCUGGCUGCCAAGUAUUUCCCGGGCAUCGCUGUGGAGCCCCUGGAGAACUACAUGGAUGAUGAGUACUUUGGCACCAUCUCCAUUGGGACCCCACCCCAGGAAUUUACCGUGGUGUUCGACACUGGCUCCUCCAACCUCUGGGUUCCCUCAGUCUUCUGCUCCAGCCCGGCCUGCAGGAAUCACAACCGCUUCAAUCCUGCGGAAUCCUCCACGUUCCUCAGCACCAAUGACACCCUGUUCAUCGCCUACGGCACAGGAAGCAUGACUGGAGUCCUGGGAUACGACACCGUCAACGUUGCUGGCAUCAACGUCCGCCACCAGAUUUUUGGGCUGGCCGAGACGGAGCCAGGGGAUUUCUUCUACUACACCCCCUUUGAUGGCAUCCUGGGAUUGGCAUUCCCAAGCAUUGCUUCCUCCGGAGCCACCCCUGUCUUCGACAACAUGAUGAUGGAGAACCUUGUGGAUAGGCAUCUUUUCUCUGUCUACCUUAGCAGGGACAGCCAAGGUGGGAGUUUUGUCCUCUUCGGUGCCAUCGAUCCCUACUACACCACCAAAGGCAUCUCCUGGAUCCCGCUCUCUGCUGAAACCUACUGGCAGAUCUCUAUGGAGAGGUAUUCCCAGUAUUCCCUGCCCUCCAGCUGGUGUUUUGGGGAGUCUAGGCUCACCCUGCAUCCCUCUUCCCAGUGUCUCCUUCAACGGGGCUGCAGUGGCCUGUUCCAGGGGAUGCCAGGCCAUCGUGGAUACGGGAACCACUCUGUUGGCUGUUCCUAUCCGGGCCUUCCGGACCCUCAUGAGGCUCCUUGGUGCCAGCUCCAGUGGCGAGGUGAGGCCUCAGGAUGCUCCCUAGGAUAUUUGAUCCCAGCUGGAAUGGCCACUAACCUGCCACAUCCUCCCCAGAUCAGCUGUGAGGCCGUCAGCAACCUUCCCAACCUCAUCUUCCACAUCCAUGGCAAAGAAUUCCCGGUGCCGCCCAGAGCCUACGUGUUAAGGAGUAAUGGGUACUGCAGCCUGGGAUUUCAAGGCAUGGAUGUGCCCACGGAGGAGGGCGAGCUCUGGAUCCUCGGAGAUGUCUUUAUCCGGGAGUAUUACAUCAUCUUCGACAGGGCCAACAACAAGGUGGGGCUGUCCCAGCUGCCCUGAGCUGGGGUGGGAAUCCCAAGUGUUCCCAACUCAGCGGCUGGCAGGGCUUGUCCCUUUCCCAGUGCUCCUGCCAGCACUGAGGACAAUAAAGGUGUGGAGAAGC